AUGAGGUGCUCACGCGAACCGGAUGCUGCGCAGGCUCCGCGCAAGAAGCUGAUUCUCAAUGCCUUUGUUGAGAUGUGUAGCGGUCAUCAAUCGCCUGGCCUGUGGCGCCACCCCGAAGAUGAAUCGCAUCGCUUCAACGACAUUGACCACUGGGUGGAACUAGCCCAGCUAUUAGAAUCUGCCAAAUUCCACGGCAUCUUUAUCGCAGACGUACUAGGUGGAUACGACGUCUACAAGGGUCCUAGAAAUCUCGCUCCGGCCAUUGUUUCUGGUGCGCAAUGGCCCGUUAACGAGCCUCUCGCCGUCGUCCCUGCCAUGGCGGCAGCUACAAAGAACAUCGGAUUUGGAGUCACGGUGACGACGACGUAUGAGCAGCCGUAUCAUUUGGCGAGACGGUUGUCGACGAUCGAUCAUUUGUCGAAGGGACGAGUUGUGACAGGUUAUCUAGACUCUGCAGCCCGCAAUCUGGGCCAUGCGCAUCAGCCACAUCAUGACGACCGCUACGCCGUCGCAGAAGAGUACAUCAAGGUCGCCUACAAACUCUGGGAAUCCUCAUGGCGCUCAGACGCCGUUGUCCUCGAUCGCGAACGUGGCAUCUACACGGACCCUGCCCGCGUGCGCGAAAUCAACCACGUCGGAAAGUAUUUCGACGUGCCGGGUCCUCAUCUCACCCAACCCAGUCCCCAGCGCACACCUGUAAUUCUGCAGGCUGGUACGUCAAAGGCAGGCAAGACUUUUGCGGCCCAACAUGCCGAAGCGAUCUUCGUGGGUGGACACAGUCCCGCUGUGGUCGCUAAGAAUAUCGCGGAGAUUCGAGCGCUGGCGAAGAGUGAUUUCGGUCGCGAUCCGCAGGGUAUAAAAUUCUUGGCGUUGUUGUGUCCGGUCUUGGGUAAGACUGAGGAAGAGGCGCAGGAGAAGUUCAAGUAUUUUAGGAGUCUGGGGUCGAUUGAUGGUGCGUUGGCGUUGUUUGGUGGCUGGACAGGAAUCAAUCUCGAUACGUACGGGGAGGAUGAGGAGUUGAGACACGUCGAGAGUAAUGCAAUUCGAUCUGCUGUGGAAGGCUGGUCGAAGUCCACCCCCGGCGUGGCCAAAUGGACCAAGGCGACUGUGGGACAACACAUCACAGUCGGAGGCCUGGGCGCGACACCCGUCGGAACUCCCCAGCAGGUGGCAGAUGAAAUGGAGCGAUGGGUUUCAGAGGCAGACGUCGAUGGAUUUAACCUUGCAUAUGCGGUCAAACCCGGCUCAUUCAAAGACAUCAUCGAUCUUCUUAUCCCUGAGUUACGCCAGCGCGGACUCUUCUGGGAUGAUUACGCCGUCGAUAAAGGCACGUAUCGUGAGAAUCUCUACGCGAAGGCUGGGCAGAGUGGACCGCCUGCAGAUCAUCCUGCCGCUAAGUAUCGCUGGAAUGCUGGAGUGGAGGCCGCGGAUCAUACAAUCCCUGAGAACUAG